UGCGGAGCGACGAGACGCGCUGCAUACCAACAGAGACAUACGGAGCAGGCAGGCAACCGUCUCUCUCUCUCUUUUUUUUAUUCUUCUUCUUCUUAUCAGGACGCACGGAUCCUUUAUCCCGUUCUCUGGCAACAACAACAUUAAAAAAAAAACACCUCAUGCCAAAUCGUUGGACUGUUUAAAUGUUACCUUCACUUCCUUUGCAGAAAAAUCUGUGCUGCUCUUUAAGGUGCUGAGAGCCAAACUAAGUGUCUGGGAUAUUUUUUUAUUUUUUAUUUCUCUCUCUCUCUCCUCUACUGUAAUAAUUUGCUUGAGAGAUUCUGCACCGGAGAAGAUAAACCAGCCCUGCCCGCCUCUCUCUCUCUCUCUCUCUCUCUUUCUCUCUCUCUCUCCGACGGGGAGUCAUCACAAGGAAAAGUCAAGACAGAUGUUUUCGUCCACUCACAUGUAGAAGCGUUGGACUACUGCUGUUCACAAUCUGGGUCGGGCUUUUUUUUUUCUUCUUCUUCUCUCUCUUUUAUAACAAAAAGAAUCGCCCGCAACGGUGCGUUAAAGGAGGAAUAUAGAGACAUUUGGCUGCAAGAAAGAAAGAAAAAAAAAGCAGAAAAUCAAUCAGAACUCCAUCAUGGGCUGCCCCCUCUUGCGGAACGCGUUGGCUGCUGGUUUGGUGCUGGUUCUGCUGUCCAAAGGGUCCUGUGUGCACGGAGCAGAAUUCGGACACCUGCCGGACAACAUUACAGUGUUGGAAGGCGAAAGCGUCACUUUGAGAUGUCGGAUUGACGAGGAGGUGACCCACAAGGCCUGGCUGAACCGCUCCAAUAUCCUUUUCACGGGGACAGAUAAGUGGUCGCUGGACAAGCGCGUGACACUGGUCAACAGCAACAACAGCGACUUCUCCAUUCACAUCGACAAAGUUCAAGUGACCGACGAGGGGCCCUACACCUGCACCUUCCAGGCCAAUAACAAGCCCCGCAUUGCCCACGUCUACCUCAUCGUCCAAGUGCCGGCCAGAAUCGUCAACAUCUCAAAAAACGUGUCCGUGAACGAGGGGGAGAAUGUAAACCUCUACUGUCUGGCAGUCGGCCGGCCUGAGCCCACCGUCACCUGGAAAGACCAGAAAUAUGGGCUGGUGAGUGAGGGGGAGUUCCUAGACAUCACGGAGAUCAAGAGGCAACAGGCCGAGGACUACGAAUGCAUCACCAACAACGGAGUAGCACCGCCCGACCAGCGCAAGGUCAAAGUCACGGUCAACUAUCCUCCCAUGAUCACAGACAUGAAGAACAUGCCAGCGCAUUUGGGGAAGACAGCCAUCUUGCGCUGUGAAGCCAUGGCAGUCCCACCAGCCUCCUUUGAGUGGUACAGAGAUGACCAUAGACCGGUAGAGAGUGACAACACCCUAAGGAUCAAAAACGAGAAGACGCGUUCUCUAUUGCUGUUCACCAACGUGACAGAGAAACAUUUUGGCAACUACACUUGCUUCGCCUCAAACCGUCUGGGGGCUUCCAACGCCAGUAUGCUGCUGUUUCGUAAGUUAUCACGCAGAACUAACUACGUGCAGGUGCGCACGCUCGACACUGUACAUAUUUAUGCAAGCCCGAGAUUUCGCAAAUAUGCUGACAUUUAUCUUGUGUGACUAUCAAUCAACGUGCGAGAGUUAUAGCAGACAUGACC